AUGCCUUUUUCGGAUUUCUCGAAGGUGCAGAACGUGCGGCCGGAGGUGAGCUUGGACGGUGAUGGAUGUGAUGGCUUCGCCUUUGACGAGGAAGAGCUGAAUGCCGCGCUAGGCAAGCUGGAGAAGUUGGACAUCUUGGCCGCCGCGACCCCCACGUCGACGGAUUGUCCCGAUGAGGAGCUAAUGGACUUCCUAGACGAGGACGAGAAGGAAGCCGAGAGGGAGCCCUCAGAGGAAGAUUUGGUGUUCCCUGUCAUUAGCAACGCGAGUGCGAUCCGACGCUGCCGACUGCGGGAGGACCGGCGGCAGAUGGUUCGGGAGUACUUGGCCAAGCAUGGUUUCCAAGAUGCCAAUCAGCCCAAAUCUAUGCGUUCAUCCUUCUUCCGCACGGAGACCAUCUACCCCAUCCACCAUGCAGCAAAGCUGGGUCAUCACUUGAUGGUCCGUGAGCUCCUGCGGUUUGGCGUCGACCGCGAAGUGACAACGUCUCGUGGAAGGACGGCAUAUGACUUGGCUGCCGAAGCAGACAUGUUGGGCUCCCACCGCACGGUCCUCGAUCUGCUUUCCGGAGUGUGGAACUCCACGACCUUGCGUGAUCUCAAAGAGAUGCUCGACUCAAACGUGGCACAGGUGGCCAGGUAUUCUCACCUCGGUCAAAGCCGUACUGUGGCUGUUGUGAUCAGUGAGUAUGGCGGGGUGCUUAUCAAUAUGAUUGCAGUUCUUGGCUAUGCUUGGCAUUUGCAUCAUGCGCAUUGCGCACUGAUAGCACUGUCAAUAUAG